AUGAAGAUGAAGGGUUCUUGCAAGGCUGCUGUGGCGGCUAUGGUGGUGCUGGGUGGAGUGGUGGCUGAUGGUCAAGUAACAUGUCCCUCGAGCGCCAGCUUCACGGAUAUCUCCGCCAAUACCUUCUUUGCGAAUAUGAAUCCUGGUUGGAACCUGGGGAACACGCUGGAUGCGACCAGAACCGAGGGCGACUGGAAUAAUCCUCCUGUUGUGCCGGAGACGUUUGAUGAUGUCAAAAAGGCUGGCUUCAAAUCCGUCCGCAUCCCCGUAACAUGGGCCUACCACUCCACCACCGAAUCCCCAACCUGGACCCUCGACCCAGCCUGGCUCCAACGCGUCAACGACGUAAUCGACAUGGCCCUCGCCCGCGACUUCUACAUCAUCGUCAACAUCCACCACGACUCCACCACCUGGGCCGACCUGACCUCGGCCUCGACAAACGUCACGCAGGUCGAGGAGCGCGUCGCCGCGCUCUGGUACCAAAUCGGCACCAAGCUGGCCUGUGUGAGCGAAAAGGUUGCGUUUGAGACGAUCAAUGAAAUUCCGGGGACGACGGCCGAACAUGGCGCCGUGGUGAAUCGGUUGAAUACGAUUAUGCUCGAGCAGGUGAAUCGGGCGGGUGGGUUCAAUGGGAAGAGGGUUGUGACGCUUGUGGGUGCUGGCGAGGAUGGGUAUAAGACGAUUAAUUGGUUUAAGAGGCCGGAUGCGUCAAAGUAUAAGAAUCCGUGGGGCAUUCAGUAUCAUUAUUACUCUCCUUAUGACUUUGUCUUCGCGGCCUGGGGCAAAACAACCUGGGGCUCUGCCGCCGACAAAGCCGCCCUCGAAGCCGACAUCGCCGCCGUCCGCGGAAACUUCACAGACGUACCCCUUGUAAUCGGUGAAUGGGCAGUUCCCCCCGUACCCACCGAAACCUCUGCCCGCUGGCGCUACUUUGACUUCUUCGUCCGCACAGCCGCAAAAUACAACACCGCAACCGUGCUCUGGGACAAUGGCGCCGACUUCCUCAACCGCGCAACGCAUGUCUGGCGGGACGAAGUGGCAAUGGAUAUCUACCGCAACGCCGUCAAGGGUGAUGCCAACGCCCUGCCAGACAGCACGACCGACGGGGCCACGACGCAAAAGAGCUCUGCGUACCUGUACCACCGUGCCAACGAGUCUGUAGCCGACACCACCCUCCCCUUCCUCUUCAACGGGAACACUCUCUCCGACAUUGCGCUCGGCAGCACCAAACUCACGCGCGACAAAGAUUACCGCGUAGCCGGGGAAUCCAUCACUUUUGCCUCUUCCUUCCUCGAGACCGUGCUCACUCCAGACGCACCCACCGGCUCCCUCGCAAACCUCACGCUGACGUUUAACCGCGGGGCCGCCCUCACCGUCAAUAUUCUCAAAUACAGCACGCCCACCAUUGGCAUCACGUCUACGACGCUGCCGGCCGCGGGCACAGACUUCCGUAUUCCGAUUCAGUGGGCGGGCCAGAAUAGGCCGGCAGCUAUCAAGGCGCUCAAGAGCGAUGGUACCUAUCUUGUGGAUGACUGGACGCAGUGGCUGCCGGAGCUGCAGCAGGCACGGUUGACGUAUAAUGGUCACUUUGAUUGGGAGGCUGACCAUAUCAAGUUGAAGGCGGCGGUGUUUGAUGCCGUGAGGGCGGGGGGCAAGACGACGGUGUUUACGAUUGACUUUUAUCCGAGGGAGCCGGGAAAUAGUGUUGAGUUUACUGUUACCGUUUAA